AUGAUGGAGAGAGCGAGAGACGCAAUGACUGUGGACGGCCUGGAGUCACCGGACACCGCGGACUUCCACCAGUCCCAUUUGAAGGAACUUCUAGGACUGGUGCUGGAGCUGGAGGAUAUUGUGGCGGCGUCGAAGAUCGCAUGCGUGGAGAUGACUAAGGCGUUCUUCAAGUUCGUUCUGGUUCCGCUCAAGCUGGCGGCUCCAGUGGCGCGGAUGUUGUUGGACAAGAAGCCGAAGUUGUUGUUGGCGUUCGCAGCAAAGGCAUUGCUCAUGAAUGCUUCAGGGGGCAAAGCCUUUGGCGACGACGGAAUGAAGAAGUUGAUGCUGUUGGCGCUCGUCGCACCGAAAGCUCUUGAUGUGUUGAGGACGAAUCCGGCAGGCGAUUUGCUGCCUCUCCUCAAACUUCUUCCCCUUCUAGGGGGAGCCAAGUUGGACAAGCUGUUGCCGAUCGCGCUGCUCGCCAUGGCUGCCUUCGAUGCUCCGGAGGUGGCUGCGUUGCUCAAGAGUGUCGUUAGCAAGAAGCUGGUUUCCGGCGGCUACGGCGUGGAGGCGACGGCAGUGGAAACGUCUGACGAGGAAAUGUCGGUGGUGGACUAUUUGGUUGACUCCUGGGCGGUCGCGGACGGACAGUUCGAAGACGAAAUGACAGUUUCGAGGGCGGCAACGGAAGCAAAGGAAGCCAAGUCGGCAGUCGCGCCCAUGAUGGAGAGAGCGAGAGACGCAAUGACUGUGGACGGCCUGGAGUCACCGGACACCGCGGACUUCCACCAGUCCCAUUUGAAGGAACUUCUAGGACUGGUGCUGGAGCUGGAGGAUAUUGUGGCGUCGAAGAUCGCAUGCGUGGAGAUGACUAAGGCGUUCUUCAAGUUCGUUCUGGUUCCGCUCAAGCUGGCGGCUCCAGUGGCGCGGAUGUUGUUGGACAAGAAGCCGAAGUUGUUGUUGGCGUUCGCAGCAAAGGCAUUGCUCAUGAAUGCUUCAGGGGGCAAAGCCUUUGGCGACGACGGAAUGAAGAAGUUGAUGCUGUUGGCGCUCGUCGCACCGAAAGCUCUUGAUGUGUUGAGGACGAAUCCGGCAGGCGAUUUGCUGCCUCUCCUCAAACUUCUUCCCCUUCUAGGGGGAGCCAAGUUGGACAAGCUGUUGCCGAUCGCGCUGCUCGCCAUGGCUGCCUUCGAUGCUCCGGAGGUGGCUGCGUUGCUCAAGAGUGUCGUUAGCAAGAAGCUGGUUUCCGGCGGCUACGGCGUGGAGGCGACGGCAGUGGAAACGUCUGACGAGGAAAUGUCGGUGGUGGACUAUUUGGUUGACUCCUGGGCGGUCGCGGACGGACAGUUCGAAGACGAAAUGACAGUUUCGAGGGCGGCAACGGAAGCAAAGGAAGCCAAGUCGGCAGUAAAAUCUAUCUCGAGGGACGUUGCAGCGUGGACAGGUGCGGACGCCGAGAGUGGGGACUCUGCAGGUGCAUUUGUCGACGCGAUAUUGGCCCCGGCCGGCCUCCUCGUCGAGGUCGCGCCCAUGAUGGAGAGAGCGAGAGACGCAAUGACUGUGGACGGCCUGGAGUCACCGGACACCGCGGACUUCCACCAGUCCCAUUUGAAGGAACUUCUAGGACUGGUGCUGGAGCUGGAGGAUAUUGUGGCGUCGAAGAUCGCAUGCGUGGAGAUGACUAAGGCGUUCUUCAAGUUCGUUCUGGUUCCGCUCAAGCUGGCGGCUCCAGUGGCGCGGAUGUUGUUGGACAAGAAGCCGAAGUUGUUGUUGGCGUUCGCAGCAAAGGCAUUGCUCAUGAAUGCUUCAGGGGGCAAAGCCUUUGGCGACGACGGAAUGAAGAAGUUGAUGCUGUUGGCGCUCGUCGCACCGAAAGCUCUUGAUGUGUUGAGGACGAAUCCGGCAGGCGAUUUGCUGCCUCUCCUCAAACUUCUUCCCCUUCUAGGGGGAGCCAAGUUGGACAAGCUGUUGCCGAUCGCGCUGCUCGCCAUGGCUGCCUUCGAUGCUCCGGAGGUGGCUGCGUUGCUCAAGAGUGUCGUUAGCAAGAAGCUGGUUUCCGGCGGCUACGGCGUGGAGGCGACGGCAGUGGAAACGUCUGACGAGGAAAUGUCGGUGGUGGACUAUUUGGUUGACUCCUGGGCGGUCGCGGACGGACAGUUCGAAGACGAAAUGACAGUUUCGAGGGCGGCAACGGAAGCAAAGGAAGCCAAGUCGGCAGUAAAAUCUAUCUCGAGGGACGUUGCAGCGUGGACAGGUGCGGACGCCGAGAGUGGGGACUCUGCAGGUGCAUUUGUCGACGCGAUAUUGGCCCCGGCCGGCCUCCUCGUCGAGGUCGCGCCCAUGAUGGAGAGAGCGAGAGACGCAAUGACUGUGGACGGCCUGGAGUCACCGGACACCGCGGACUUCCACCAGUCCCAUUUGAAGGAACUUCUAGGACUGGUGCUGGAGCUGGAGGAUAUUGUGGCGUCGAAGAUCGCAUGCGUGGAGAUGACUAAGGCGUUCUUCAAGUUCGUUCUGGUUCCGCUCAAGCUGGCGGCUCCAGUGGCGCGGAUGUUGUUGGACAAGAAGCCGAAGUUGUUGUGGCGUUCGCAGCAAAGGCAUUGCUCAUGA